AUGAUGAUCCGUUCCGCGUUGCAAUCCGUUUUACCGAGCUCGUUUGCUUCUUCAUCAUCUUCUUCUUCUGUUGCUUCGACUAAUCAUCGCAUCGUGCGAGCAGCGGCGCACCCGAAUCCAUCGUUGUACGACGUCGUGGACGAGGAAAAGAUGUUGAGCGAAUCGACGUUCCCGAUUAAACCGAACGAGCUCAUUGAACUCACGAAAGAGAACUUGCGAAAAGGGUUCGCCAAUAUCGAUUUAAGCGAAGAUUUCGAAUUCAUCGGCCCUGUUGUCGGUCCGUUAUCCAAAGAGACUUUUGUGAACGCCGUGGCUGGUUUUGAGCUCGCGGAAGGUUUCCCAGACAUGAAGUCGCAGUUUCAUCAUUUCAGAGUCGAUCCGUUUGAAACGAACCGGGUGUGGUUUCAGAAUAGAACGGUUGGGACGCACACAGGGGUUUUGGCGGGGAACAUUCAACCGACAGGGAAGAAAGUCGAGUGUCCGCCGCAAGCGUUGUCGCUGACGUUCAACGAGAAAGGCGAGGUGACGAAGAUUACAGUUGGCGUCGUGAUGGACAGAACGUUAGGUAAUACCGGCGGUCUCGGUGGGGUGUUUGGGUUAUUUUACGCGGUUGGUGCCGGCUUGCCGUUUCCUGAGGCGCAACCGUGGAAGAAGAGUAAGCGGUAUCGAUUUUUCACUUUGUUAGGCAACUUGGCCAGCAAAAUGAAGAAGUGA